GAAACCUUAACUGUCGAAACACAGAUCAGAUCUGUCAUCUGUGUGACCAUACUGAUCCAUCAAGAAAUUUAAGCGUGCUACAUAAUAAUGGGGAGAAUUCCUUGCUGCGAGAAGGAGAAUGUGAAGAGAGGACAGUGGACUCCUGAAGAAGAUCACAAGCUUUCUUCUUACAUUGCUCAACAUGGAACACGUAACUGGCGCCUCAUUCCCAAACACGCUGGUUUACAGAGAUGCGGCAAGAGCUGCAGGCUAAGGUGGACAAACUACCUCCGACCAGACCUUAAACAUGGCCAAUUCUCUGAGGCUGAAGAGCAGACUAUCGUCACCCUCCAUUCUGUUCUUGGAAAUCGAUGGUCUGUGAUUGCGGCGCAGCUGCCGGGAAGAACGGACAAUGACGUGAAGAAUCAUUGGAACACGAAGCUGAAGAAGAAGCUGUCGGGGAUGGGAAUAGACCCGGUGACUCACAAGCCGUUUUCUCACCUGAUAUCUGAGAUCGCCACCACGCUAGCGCCGCCGCAAGUGCCGCACUUAGCGGAGGCGGCGCUGGGGUGUUUCAAGGACGAGAUGCUGCACCUCCUCACCAAGAAGCGCAUUGGCUUCCAGCUUCAUCCGGUGGGCCCCGCCGCGCCGGUCAAACACGAGGACAAAGACGAGACCAUUGAGAAGAUCAAGUACGGGCUGUCCCGGGCGAUUAAGGAGCCGCCGGUUGAUCAAAUGCUCCCCGCCGCCGGAAAUAUUAACAAACCUUGGGAUAAUCACGCCGGAGCCACGUCAUCCAACCUCGGGGAAACCAGCAGCGGUUUUCCCACGUCCGAUCAUCAUCAUGAUCACGAUCACCAUCACCAUCACCACCAUCAUCACGGCGGCUUUCAGUACAGCCUUCCGUGUCUGAUGCACGAAGGCGAGGACGGGUCACCGUGGAACCAGAGCAUGUGCACCGGAAGCACGUGCACGCCGGGGGAGCAACAGGGGCGGCUGCAUGACAAAGCGGUGGAGGAUGAAAACGGGGAGUGUUCCGAGGGCGGAAAACGCACAACCACCACUGACGCGCCGCCGCCCAGCAUUUUCAACUCCGACUGUGUCUUGUGGGAUAUUUCGUCUGAAGAUCUCAUCAACCCUAUGGUUUAAACCCUAACUCUCAAGUUACAUCAUAUCAUAUCAAUGAAUUGAAACCUCCAUUAACGCAAGCCCAGAAGCUACACCGGCAUCAAUAACAUAUAUAUCGCCGCUGCAAGCUAAGGCGUGAUUCUAUUCUUGUAGCAAUUUAUUUGCAUUCUUCAGAAUAUCUCAUAUUUUUCAAAUGUUCACUCAAUAAAUAAAAUUCAUAAGAAUUUCUACAA